AUGAUAGUGGAAAUGGUGUGUUCCGUCGAACUACGAGUGUCCUUGCAAGAGGUCGAGGAAUGCUUGGAGCUCUGUAUGAGGAUAUACGGGUCCACUCGCGAAGAAGCGGUUCGAGUUUCUGCGCGCGCAGCCGUCUCUCAAUCGAUAACCACCUAUUGCUCCAAUCGAUACGCGGCUGGAGAGGAGACGCAGAACUUCCUUUCGGUUUAUCUAGACGUGACGAAACUGCUCGAAAGCUACAUUGCCAAGCUCGACCAGCUGACCGUAUCGUCAGACCAGAGCGUGGUCCUUUUCGACGCCAUGAAUGCUCUCCUCAGCUCACAACCACUUGAGCGUUCAGAAGCAUACACCACUGGUGAACCUGCUGUGGUAAGCACAGUUCUGCGUUCUCUAUUAAGCGGAUGGUGGGAAAAGCUCUGUCCGUUGAUGAUUCGCUUGUUAGGGGUUCCUGAUAGAAAUGUCCCGGACCAUCCCUCGAUCAGCACCGAAGAACCUCUUGGACAAGGUCAAAUGGCUAAGUUCACGCUCAGUCCGGCAGUGGUAGCGAAUCCUGAAGCAACUCGCGUACUCUACCAGAUUUUGGAACAACUGAUCCGAAUCAUGGCCGGUAUACCAUCAGUGAAUUCAGUUCUUGAAGCUCUUUUUCACAAGGCAUUUCUCUUCCCGAAAAUUGAACAACGAGCUGAAGCGGUCAGAAUCAUUAAAAAGGUUCGUUAA